AUGGAGGAUUCAUUCGGUGCCUUUAAUUUCGACGACCGCAAGCUUGUCAUUGGAAUAGACUUUGGCACGACCUUCACUGGUGUCGCGUGGGCUGAAACUAGACGGCCCGAACACAUCUCAGUCAUAGAAGCAUGGCCCUCUCAUAUUGGCGCACAAGAAGGUAUCAGUAGUGUGAAGGUACCAACAGAACUGCGCUACACGAAGACUCCUAAGGCCGAUGGCGAGACUGUGGAAUGGGGAUUCCAGAUCCCUGGUCUGGUGGAUAGAUAUCAGUGGUUUAAGCUGUACAAUUCCCUUCUAUUCUUUCCUCCCACCCGAGGCCUCGACGAGAGCAACCCUCUUGUCUCGACGAAAUCUUGGGGCGACAAGACCCCCGAACAACUGACGGAAGAAUACCUUUCAUCAAUCUACAAGCACAUCAUGUACACCCUGGACCAGAAGCUCGGUUCUGCACUAUUGAGAACUAUACCUAUGGAGUUCUCGCUCACUGUUCCUGCAAUCUGGACAGAAGCCGCAAAGGAUAAGACGCUUAAGGCAUGGAAAAAGGCAUCCGGCGGUGCAAAGGAGCAAGUUAUCUCACUUGUUUCAGAGCCAGAAGCAGCGGCAAUCUAUGCAAUCCACGGCCUGGACCCGCACGGUCUCCAUGUUGGAGAUAGCUUCAUCCUCUGCGAUGCCGGCGGUGGCACGGUUGAUCUGAUCUCGUAUAAAAUCAUAGCGCUCACUCCAAUCCUGCAGGUUGAAGAGGUUACGACGGGAACUGGAGGUCCCUGUGGCUCGACUUUCCUCAAUCGCCGGUUUGCGGAUUUUCUGACUCGUAAACUCGGGAGGGAGCAAGGUUGGGACGAUGAGGUGUUGCAGGAAGCUGUGGAACGGUUUGACUCUAUUGUGAAGAAGCAAUACUCCCCAACUAUAGACGGCACCUCCGGCUACGUGAUCCCCGUCCCCGGCCUCUCGAAUAAUAGCGCUCUCAAUGUCCGGCGCGGGAAGAUCACCAUCUCUGCGGAGGAAAUGCACUUUAUCUUCGAGCCGCUCAUCCUCAAGGUCAUUAAAUACGUACAAGAUCAGAUCUCCGCGUGCGGUGACACCGAGGUCCGAGCUGUCCUUUUAGUCGGCGGGUUCGGGCAAAACAGUUACCUGAAAGAACGGCUUCGCGAUGCCCUUAAAAGCGUGGAAGUCUUGCAGCCGCCGAAUGCUUGGACAGCGGUCGUGAGGGGAGCUGUCAUGAUGGGGUUGGCCAAGACCAAGGCGCUCAAGACUGUGGAUGUAGUCAGUCGGAAGGCGCGGAAGCAUUAUGGAAUCGAGCUGAGCCGGUCGUUCAAUGUUGAGAAGCAUGACAAGAGCAGGAAGUACUGGUGCUCCCGACACUGUGAGUACCGCGCGCGCGUCAUGGCUUGGUUUCUGACCAAGGGCUCGACCCUCGAGGAGGACAAGCCAAUCCCCAUUAAGUUCUACCAGGAUUUCCGCGUUUCCGCUGGCCGCCCGGACAUGUUAUCUAUAAGUGUGUGGGUAAACGCAGAAGAUACCAGCGCACCAGUGCACAAGAACAGUGAUACCAAGACACUGGCGAAGCUUAAGGCGAACCUAUCUACUAUCCCGCAGGUGGACCUUGACUGGACGAUCAUCACGCGCGAAGACGGCCAUGCAUACUAUUGUCUUGAUGGGGUGAUUGAGGCUACCUACUCGAGUGCGGAGACGACGUAUGUCCUCUCUGUGAUGGGAAAGAAAUACGAUACUGUGAAUGCCGAGUAUGCUUAUUAG